ACAAAAAGUCACAAACAUGGCGACUAUGGCGACUCCCGAGGCGACUCCUACAGCUGUAGAGAAGUUCGAAAGCGUUUAUAGAGACAUUAUAGAUGUAUUGAAGGCUGAUCGUCGGUCCUAUCUGGUUGCUGCUAACCGAUUUUUUGCAAAGUAUAUAAUUGAAGAGCCACUGAAAAGGCAGGUAUAUCAUAGCAGUGGAGAGAGUGCAGUGAAGCUGCUCUUGGAUGGGUUGCAUGCUGCUAUUGAGAGGGAUCCUAAGUAUUUAGAUGAUGUCGUGGAAGUUUUAAGUGAAGAGCACCCAUCACUUCGUGUUGCAUUUAAAAAGAUGAGUGAAACUGCUGAGUCGGCAGCAUCAGUAGUUACAAAUCAGCCCCAAAAAUCUAUUGAUGAUCCUAAUAAAGUUAUAUCGCUGCUCGAAGAAAAGGUUCAGUCUAAUCCAAAUACAUUCUUGCCUGCAAACAAUCUGAAAAACAAGUUUGAUCGUCUCUAUUCACAUGCAUCUUCAUCUUUACAGCAUGUAAAACUUGAAGAACUAAAUGCUCUUCUGGAAUUAAAGCUCACUCAUUCACCAAAACAAUUCAAAGAUAAUUUUUGUCCACUCCUGAAAGAUGUUAGAAGCACUCCUCAGUUUUUUAGUUUUUUAUUAAAGCACAAGUUUUGUGGUUUUCUCAACUUUGAUCUCCUUUCUAUUUUCACCAAGCGAUUUGGUUCUGAGAGUCUCAAGCAGGAAAUGGCCCGAUACGAAGCCUCAUAUCAAUCGUUUUCAAAAGCAAUUAAAAUGGAAGAUCUUUUACACUCGAUCGUUGAUGAUCCAUCUCUUUUCAAACCAUUUGCUCUAACUGGACUGCCAACAAUUGAGUGUAGGCUAGAAGAGUCAUGGUAUUCUCGUACUUACAGUUGUUUUUUUGAGGUGAUAACCAGUGUACACUCAUGGUGUGGACUUGGUAGCAUGAUGUUCAGUGAGAUUGAAGAGCAUUGUAUCAUUGUCAAAUAUGUGCUGUUCAGUGAGGAAGAUUUAGAGUUUAUUUCAAAGGAUAUCAGUUCACCAGAGAAGAAGCAGCUAUUGAAGGAAUGUGGCAUCACAAUGACGCUACAUACUGGGGCUGAAGAUGAAAUUGAUGAGUCAUUAAAAGAGAUUUCAAAGCAAGGCAAAAUGUUAAAAGAUACUGGUGCAGGAUCGGUAGUACCUAUUAAUAGGAGGGCUACAAGUGAACAGAAUCGUGAGUCGUUAGAAGAAAUUUCAAAGCAAGGCAAAAUGUUAAAAGAUACUGGUGCAGGAUCAGUAAUGCCUAUUAAUAGGAGGACUUCAAGUCCACAGAAUCGUGUGUCUCUAAUUGGUGUUGGUGCUGGUGCUGGUGGUACUGUUGGUAGUAUUAUUGGUGCUCUUAUUGGUGGUGUUGUUGGUGGUACUGUUGGUGCUGUUUUGGGUGUUGCUGCUGGUGGUGGUAUUGUUGGUGCUGCUAUAAAACCUGAGGAUAAAAGCAAAGAAGACUAAAAUAAUUUUUAAUAUAUUUGCUACAUUAGCAGAUACUUCAAUGGCAUGAUAGUAUACCUAUACUUAGAUGAUCUAUUCUUAUUUCUUUUAUUUGCAUUAUUAUUCUUAUUCUAUAAA